AUGCGUCCAGACAAACACAUUCGUAUCGCUGAUUGUGGCGAUAAUGUCAGGAAAAAAGCCGAUUUCAUUGACUGGAGAAUUAGAAAGUGGCAGGUUCUCCAGGAAAUUGAUCAGUUAAAAAGAACAGCUGAGAAGUUCAAGGAAGUGCAUUCUCCAUGGCUGUCCAGAGCGAAUGGUUCUGGAAACGUGAAGACAAUUCUUUAUUGGAAUACGAUGUAUGCUGAGAAGCACCGACACUUCAUGUUUGGCACUGGAGAUGUUUUUCGUGAUUGUCCAGUGUCCCAUUGCUAUGGGACCCCCAACAGAUCUCUCAUGAAGAGUCUUCAGGAUUACGACGCCAUUCUUUUCCACGGCAUCGAGAUGAACAUCAAGGAUUUGCCUACUGCAAGGUCUGACUUUCAGAGGUACAUCUUUUUCUCCUGGGAGUCCUCAGCAUCCAGACCGAUCAAUGAUCUUUAUUUUGUCUUGGCCCCUAAUUUCUACAACUGGACGAUGUCCUAUCGCCUAGACUCCGACAUCAGACGGCCCUACGGCAGAGUGAGGGACCUCCUGACCCGCGAAAUCGUAGCCCCACCUGGAGAUCCCGGGGGGAUCGUCCCCUGGAGGAGUCCUGACCCCCAUAAACCCAGCGAUGGGGAGUUGGAGAUCAUCAAGUCGAAGAGGAAAAUCGCCGCUUGGUUCGUCUCUCACUGCGACACCCGUUCGAGGAGAGAAACCCUUGUGAAAGAGCUUGGAAAAUAUUUUGAGGUCGACACGUAUGGAAAAUGUGGAGAUCUCGAAUGCGAUCGGAACAACAAUGACGAGUGCUACGAUCUCUUGGAGCGCGACUACUUCUUCUACUUCUCCUUCGAGAACACCUUGUGCAGGGACUACGUAACGGAGAAGCUGUUCCUCCCGAUGUCGAGGUACGUAAUUCCGGUGGUGUACGGGGGUGCGGACUACUCGAAAUUCGUCCCUCCGCACUCGUACAUUAACAUUAUGGACUUCAACUCGACGCACGAGUUGGCAGAGUACCUGAUCAGGUUGUCAAUGAGUCCCGUGCAGUACGCGUCAUACUUCUGGUGGAAGAGCCACUACCUCAUUGAGGACACAACCAAGUCCACACUCUGCGAUUUGUGCGAAAAACUCCACAACGAUCAAUUACCAAAGAAAAGUAUCGAUAAUUUCACCGACUAUUAUCUCACGGAUCAGUGCUACUCGCCAGGAAAUCUAUCCUGGAGCAACUCGAUGUACCUCAGGAAGAAUUAAAAAUGUGCAAAUCGGCGAAUGUUGAAUUAAAAAUUCAUCAGAAAUAGUGGAAUAAAUCCAAAUUUU